GUGCGGGAGGGCGUGUUUGAAGUGCCCGUGCCCAGCGAUGAGAUGCUACGUGCCAACAUGACUUCUCGCAGUCGCCUGCGCCCGCUCUACAUGGGACCAGCAGACUUCCCCCCGUGGCUGCUCGCCAGGGUGCACUCGCACCGCUUCAUGGCCUCGGCUAUUGACAACGCUGUGCAGAACAUAGUGAACGUGACGCGAUGGCUGCUGGAGGAGCUACAGCUGACACCAGAGGAUGCUGUGGUGGUGAAGAUGGAUAUAGAGGGGUCUGAAUGGCCCAUCUUCCAAGCCUGGUUGGAAUCUCCCUACAUGGCUCAAGUGAUAGACGAGAUAUUCGUCGAGGUGCAUUACAACCACCCCUCGAUGCACUUCUUCACGUGGACGCCACGCAAUUUUCCACACUCGAGACAGCAAGCCGGUCAGCUACUCAAUGCGAUGCGCAGUGCAGGGUACUACGUGCAUGCCUGGCCCUGA